AUGCCUGCUAAAAAUAGGAACAGAAAAUCUACAGUAGGUGGCAACGUGACAGGUUUAUCUCGUGCAGGGCCAGGAACGGUCGACAUUGGCACCAUGGUGCCUCAGCAUGGUACUGCUGCCAGGUCUUUCGACGUGGCCAGUGUCUCCCCCACUAUCGUGUCGCCCAGCCUCGUCGGUACUAAGGCCAGAUCCACCGAUGCGUCCAACAAACACAUCUCCCACCUAUCCAGCACAACCUCAUCUGACGACAUACACGUCGGCAAGUACUGUCACUUUUGCUGCGACCAAAUUCAAGCCCCAUUCUACCACGAAUGCGUCGAGUGCGGGGCGUUUAUAUGCCAACAGUACGUUCCUCGCAGCAGCGGCUGCAUUUAUUUCGGCACGGUGGAGGACGGGAAGGAGUUCCUCUGCCCGAAUUGCUGCAGGACAGGAGCCAACAAGAACGCCCCCUUGCCAUACGCUAUAUUUGGAUUUUCGAUGAGGAAGAAGGUGAAAAUGACCUGGCCCAUGGCUGUUGUGCACCUCAGCCUGGAGUCUACGAUGAACGACUACAUAGGCUUGACUGUCAAGCAUGAUCUCGACAGUCAUUACAGGGAUAAUGGGAAGAACCUGCUCUUCCAAAGCUUGUACAUGCGCCCGGGUGUGCAUGAAGCUGGUGUGCAUCAGUCAGAAGCCAGGAAACUUGUUCCAGGUGCAACCUUCAUGCAACGCAACAUCGAAGCCGGGUUUCCGCCCAACACUUUUGUCCUUGUCAACACUCAUUCCGACAAGUACAGCGGAAUGCUCCAACACCAUGGGGCGCACGACGGGGGCACAGACACCACGAUCGCCGAAAUCACGGCUGCGUACCUUAGCGACUUCCUGAAUAGCAUGGUACACGCCUCCCAUGCUGCCAGGAGCGACAAGACCGAGAUCACCACCAAGAGAGGGAAGAAGCCCUGGACUGACCUUACCCCCAAGGUCAGAGGAGGACGGAGAGGCCUCAUGCUUGUGAGCUGUGGCCCCGCGAUCAGGGUUAGGCACCACUUCGAUUCGAUCGUAGAGUUGGUCCAAAAAGACCAGUUCGAUUUCGUGCUUGGGUUCGGUGGAUCAGGGACUUUGCCGUCCACCGUAUCAUCCAUCAUACGGUCUGUUGUUGUCGAGUUUGGUGUGUUUGGACGCACAGAUGUGUGGCCCUCGUUUUGUGACAUCAUGUCCUCGUAUCAGAGCGUCCUGGACAACACCACUGCUGUGCUGGUGUACGCCCAGGUUGGAGUUGAAGGACAACGGCAAGUCGAAUGUCGUCAGCUCGCGAAGAACGUCCCUGGACUGCGUGCCUUUGGGGCCGAAUACAAGUCCUGUGGUACACCAGGAUGUAAUCCGGCACCGUCAGACAUUCGCGUCUUUAAUCAGGUGAUAGGUACAUGCAAGGACCUUAAACCUAAGGUCAGGGUGCAGUGCUUGAAGUGUAAUUGGAAAUCCACGUGGGCGGUCACCGAUCAAGACAACGAGCAUUUCAAGAGGGUAAACCCAAUCUCGGCGCCUCAAAUCUUCUGGCAUCGAUUCCCACCUUCCGCAGCCCUACAAAACUUUUUCGUAGAUCUCACCCUCAAGAUGGAGCAAGUGUCGGCGAAGGAAAGCACAAGCCAGGGCAAAAAGCAAUACCAGCGAGCCGGCGCCACCUCUGAGAUAGACACGCUCAUGGUGGACGCGGAGGGCUCUGGUGUUGACAUAAUGGACAUCGACUAA